CACAGCCGGGGUUGGUUGAACAAAAUGGCGACGUAUGGUGACGAGCCAGUCGACAGCUACUUCUACUCAUCGUAUAACCCGUACACGGGCAGAUAUCCCCGAGCUAAAGAGGCCGGGUGGAAAUAUAAAAGUUACUUGUCCCACUACAGCGACGCGUCUGACGCCUUCAACAACCAGCAGCGCGCCCACCUCAAGUCCAUCUUAUCCCAGAUCAACCCCAAGCUCACCCCGAGGCUCCGCAAGGCCAACACCAAGGAUGUGUCGGUGCAGGUGAACCCGAAGAGGGACGCCUCGGUGCAGUGCUCCAUCGGCCCGCGGACGCUCCUCUCCAUGAAGCGGGACUUCCGGCGCAAAGGUCAGCAGGAGCCCGCGGCGGCACCUGGCAGCGGCAGCCCCAGGGCGGCGGGCGGAGUCCGGUACCCCCGCACCCUCGCGGUGUACUCGCCCAUCGCCUACAGGAGCGUCACCUCCUUCCUGGUGGAUGAGAACAACAACAGCACCGAGGCCUCCUGCGGGGAGCCGCCCGGUGACCCGGCGGAGGACGGCGGGGCGAAGGGCGAACAGAGCCGGGAGGGUGAGGGCGGGAGGAAGGGUGAGGUCCCGGAGCAGCAUCAGAAGAUCAGGCCCAAACAGGUGAAGGGUGAGGAGGGGCAGACCGCUGCUGAGGGGUCAAAGGUCAAGGCGAGGGUGCGGUUCCAGUUCCUGGAACAGAAGUAUGGAUAUUAUCACUGCAGAGCGUGUAAUCUGCGAUGGGAGAGUGCCUACGUGUGGUGUGUUCAGGGCACCAACAAGGUUUACUUCAAGCAGUACUGUAGGAAAUGCCAAAAGGAGUUCAACCCGUAUCGAGUUGAGGACAUCACAUGUCACACCUGCAACAAAGCACGUUGCUGCUGUGCAUUAACACAACGCCACGUUGACCCCAAACGGCCCCACAGACAGGACUUGUGCGGCAGAUGCAAAGGCAAGCGUCUCUCCUGCGACAGCACAUUCAGCUUCAAAUACAUCAUCUGACGAGCAGCUCAACUGAACUCUGCCUCUAUACAUCAGAACAAAGUCCUGUGUGUGGCUGACGUCUUCAGCCCAGUGCCGUAUUUACAGAUGCAACAAAAGCAUCUUAAAUGUAAAGCAUAUGUUUCAGUACUUUAUUUCAUGCCUGUUUUGUUGAUGAAAUCAAUGGUAAGAACACACAUUAAAAUGUAAUAAAAGGCAACUGUGCACUCUGUA